UUAAUAUUCUCCGCGUAGAAAUUACCAUCCGAUCCCAAGGCGAUGGUGGAAACUACGCAGAGAAUGGAAUGGAAGAACCUUUCUCAAUAAGGACUAAUUGCGAUUUCUUACCCGAAAAAAAUGUUGAGCUUUGGUCCCUGGAAUCAAGGAAAAACAUCGUACCUACUUUCAGUAUGGAUAUGGUAAAAAAUAGUUUUAUUUUCAAGAUUACUGGACUGCGAUUGCAUUAAUGUAAAUUAUUUACGUUGCAACUGUCAUAUGACAUUUCAAAUCAUCUUUUGAAAUUAAAAUUUUGUAUAAGCAGAAUCUAAUUUGUGCAAAAUAGUAAAGCAGAACAAGUUUAUGGAUUUAACGGAACUUGUUAUGUCAGAGAAGCAACAAGAAGGACGUCUACGUUUUUGUCGAAUUUUAUGUUGCUUUCUCAUAAAUUUUCGAUGAUAUAAAAAGGAUGACACAGUGAUUAUUUUCGUAAAACUGUGCAAGUGGCUCUCUAAGGAGCAUGCGGUUUCUGGGAUUUACGUUGAGCAUUUUUGUGCUGUUGGUGGCCUGCAAUGAAGUAUUUGCUGCCCCAAGUCACGGCUAUGGAGGCGGUUGGGGUGGUGGAGGCGGUUGGGGUGGUGGAGGUGGAUGGAGUGGCGGAUACUCUGCCCCUUCGUACGUAAUAGUGAAGAAAUAUGUCGUAGUACCAACUUACUACUCAGGAGGAGGACAUGGUGGCGGACAUGGCGGCGGAUACGGUGGAGGAUGGGGUGGUGGAGGCGGUGGUGGCGGCGGUGGCGGUUGGGGAGGCGGCGGCGGCGGAGGUUGGGGCGGUGGCGGCGGUGGUGGUUGGGGAGGCGGCGGUGGCGGAUCGUGGUGAUAAAUAGUACAAUGACAUUGUGUUCAAUUGCUGUAAAAAAUAAAUUUAUUGACAAAACUAAAA